AUGAAACGACUCGUUCUUCGAAAUUGUUUGUCUUUUCGGAGCACACCCAAGCCCAAUCAACCACACACUCAAGUACCAUUGAGUGGUGGUUCAGUUUCUCAUAGAUUUGGAUGUUUUUCAUCGAGUCGUCAUCAAGAUGAUCCGACUUUUCAUUCGAUUGGUACCAACUAUCACCAAAGCCUUUCAUUCAAAGCUCCCCGAAAGAACAACACCAACAACAACAAGACAUCAACAACCACAACCACAACAAACAACAAAACCACACCUCAGGACAACACGUCUACGAUUGCAGCUUCUUCCUCCCAUGCUAAAUCAAACCAUAACAACCUUGAUGGAGCAUCUUCUUCGGAUCAAGCAGCAGACACGUAUAGACUCACAUCUUCAACAGCCUCUCAAAGCAUCCAUGCUUUACAAGAUACAACUCCCAACAGUGUUACGUCCAAUAACAGCAACAACACCAACAUCAGCAGUUCCACUUCUCCUCUUGUGCAAUCUCCAUCAUCAACCUUACCACUUGAAACAAGCAGCAGCAAUACUGCAGCAACGAAUAUCAUCGGGACAACACAACAAACAACUACUCCAAUUACUCCCAACAUGGAUCCAAGUACUCUAUUGGCCUCGGGAAUGAAUCCUCAAGUAGUCAAUCCCGAGUAUCACUUUACACACAAAAAAUUAGGAAUUUAG